CCUUCACCCAUCCUUACACCAGAAUGCCCGCGCCAACCAAGUUCACUACGUACAUUGACGAGCAUGCCGAUAGCUUCAUAAAGAGGCUUGCGGAGGCGGUAGCCAUCCCCAGUGUAAGUGGUGAGGGACCGCGCCGCAAGGAGGUCUUCAGGAUGGGCUCCUGGCUCGAGGGCCAGCUCAAUACCCUUGGCGUGAAAACAAAGCAAGUAGACCUCGGCAAGCACACGAUGGACGGACAGGAGUACCAACUACCACCUGCGAUCCUGGGCAAGAUAGGUGACAGUCCGAACAAGAAGACCGUGCUCAUCUACGGCCACUAUGAUGUGCAGCCCGCGAACAAAAGCGAUGGAUGGGACACCGACCCGUUCACGCUCGUCGAGGGCGACGAUGGCCGCCUGAUUGGCCGCGGGUCGACUGACGACAAGGGGCCGAUUAUGGGCUGGCUGAAUGUCUUGGAGGCACACAAGGCUCUUGGACUCGAUCUGCCCGUGAACCUGCGCUUCUGCUUCGAAGGGAUGGAGGAAAGCGGCAGCGAGGGCCUGGACGACCUCAUUAAAUCCGAAGCAGCUAAGGGUAAGGACGGCUGGUUCGCGGGCGUCGACUGCGUUUGCAUCUCGGACAACUACUGGCUCAACAGUCGCACACCCUGCUUGACAUACGGUCUGCGUGGGCUGGCGUACUUCAAGGUCACUGUCAGCGGACCCGCCCGCGAUCUGCACUCUGGUGUAUUUGGUGGCACCGUGUUCGAGCCCAUGACUGACCUCAUCACGGUUAUGAGUAAGCUCGUGAAGUCGGACGGUACAAUUUUGGUCCCUGGUGUCGCGGAGAUGGUCCCUCCUCCGACUAAGGAGGAACUCGAGAUGUACGACAAGCUCGAUUAUAGCAUCGAGGACAUCGAGGAUGCAGCGGGUGCAUCCAUUGCUGUCUCCUCGGAUAAGGCCAAGGUCCUCAUGGGUCGCAUGCGUUACCCUUCUCUUUCCCUUCAUGGGAUUGAGGGCGCCUUCUACGGUGCGGGCGCGAAGACCGUCAUCCCGGCUUCUGUAUCUGGAAAAUUCAGCAUCCGUCUUGUUCCUCCGCAGACUCCUGAGCAGAUCGAGCCGCUCGUGCAGAAGUACCUCGAAUUCGAGUUCGGGAAGCUGAACACCAAGAACAAGAUGACCGUCGAGAACUUGCACGGCGGGAAGCCAUGGAUGGCUGAUCACAAGCACUGGAGCUUCGAGGCGGCGAAGAAAGCCACGGAGGCCGUUUAUGGCAGGGCGCCCGACUAUACCCGUGAGGGUGGGUCCAUCCCUGUCACCCUUACAUUCGCCGAGAGUCUGGGUGUAAACGUCCUGCUGCUGCCCAUGGGACGCGGUGACGAUGGCGCUCACUCAACCAAUGAGAAGCUCGACAAGUCCAACUACAUCGAGGGGACCAAGUUGUUGGGCACUUACCUUUACGAAGUUGGCGCGAUCUCCCAGAACGCUUGAACAAGUAUAAUGCGCAUUGCUGUAUCAAUGAGAAGCUGUAUGAUUGCUGUGUAUCAUUGGGUUUAAACGAAUGUUGUAUUCUUCUACACAAAACAACUAUUGUCACUGG